AAUGUGACUUAAAAAUUAACUAUUGUUGAAUUGAAUUGGAAACAAAGUUACAAAAUUUGUUUCUAGACCAUUCGUUUUUAAGAAUAUGGUGAAAUUUCUGGACGAAUUGGAUAAUUUUGACUCCAAUCUAAAAAUCUGAGGAUUUAAUUAUUAAAUGUGGUUGUAGAGUAAUAUUGUUUAUCGGUCGGUAGUAUUUAGGAUUAGUGGAAACUUGAAACUUGAACGUGAAAUCUACGUGUGAAAGUGGAAGUGGUGGAAGUCAAAUGAUGUAUGUAGCCAGCUGAACAGAAAAAGAGUUGUUUGUUACAUCAUUUAUUUUGUAUUUACAACAAGGACACGUAAAAAUAGAAGAUAACGAAGCCUUAAAAAAGAGCAGUAGUUGUUUUUUAGAAAGCAAUGUGAAUGUAAUUGUUGUUCACAUUUAUAUCAAAUUAGGCAUGAUGAUCAAAAGGUCAAAGAGACGACUGUAAACAAUUGAUUUAAUUCCCUCCGAUCCUCCUUAAAAUGAAGCCAUUGAUGGAAACAGUUGAAAGAGUAUUUUUUAGUGUUUCAAAAACUAUUUUAACUUAUUUCUAGUAUAAUAUGUCGAAACUGAAACUGAGUCAGCAAUUAAAUCAGUACCACUACUAUAGUUAGAGUGUAUUAUUACAUCCGCCCCUUCUUCCUGUUUAACGAGAUGGAUUUAGAUACACACAUACGUGAAUUCCUACUAGUUACUUGACCAUUUCGUUUUAUAACAUUUCGUUUUUUACUGUGUGCCAUAAAAUCACCAUUUUGUUUGGUAGGAAAUUAAGAUUGCCAUUACUCAAGUUCAGUAUUAUUGACAAAAGUGAUCGUUGUCUGCUGUACCGGGGACAGCGGACAGCAAGUUGUUCGUGAAACAAUUGACAUGAAAAAUUAGAUUAAUCAGAUUACUAACUAUCAUGAAGACGCGGAAAACUUUUAUCAAAAUGUGGCUGCAAGCAGCAUGCCUAUUAAUUCUCGUUGCUGGAACGGUCACAUGUUUGGGACCAUCUUCGGGACCCACAGCAUUGACAGCGGUGGUUCCUGCCGCAACGCUGGAAAGUGCCAAGAAACCAACUACAGAACUUACACCGGAUCCGCUGAAGACACUUUUAGUCCUGGCUACCCUUGACGGAAGUUUAACGGCGGUCGACCGAAUGUCAGGAGCGUUGAGAUGGGUUUCGAAAGAUGAGCCGAUGAUUAAAGUCCCAUCCCCAUCAAGUGCUAAAGCUCCAUACUUUCUCCCCGAUCCUAAAACCGGAUCUCUGUACAUCAUGAAUAAAAACAAAGUGAGAAAGAUGCCAUUUACAAUUCCGCAAUUGGUUGCAAUGGCCCCGUGUAAAAACUCAGAGGGACUAAUGUACACGGGGAGAAAGCUGGAUUUCUGGCUCCAAUUAAACCCUCAUACUGGAGAAAAGUCAGAGCUACAAUCACAUGUCGAUUCCACUUGUCCAGCGAAAGGAAGUGAUGAUGAUGACAUUAAUAAAAGUUGUACCUCUACCGAUGCCCUGCCGGGGCUUAUGAAAAAAUCCUUGCUUAUCGGCAAAACAGAGUACACCUUGUCGAUGGCAGAGGGGCCAAGAAAGUGGAACGUGAGUUAUCACCACUACUCAUCCAUGGACAUGUCUCCACAAAGUGCUCAAGACUAUGAUUUGGUCCACUUUACAUCGCCAUCGUCUGGAGCAGUUUUAACCUAUGACCGAGAAAGUAGUCAACUCCUCUGGCAAAAGGAAAUCGAAUCACCAAUAAUUGCCGUGUACACCGUAGAUUGUGACUCGUCCAACUUGAUUAGCGUUCCCUUUAACCCUAUUGCACCAGAGACAUUAACCCGGCUGAAAUCUGAGACGUCCCAAAACAACAAACCACUAUCGUCAAAAACAUUCAUUGGAGAAUCCAACUACGGUCUGUAUGCUGUUCCCACGCUAGUUGACGAAUUGGUCAUGCUGAUUUCUGGGGACGGAAGCACUCCGCAUCCACCAUUGAUUGAGGGACCUAACAAGGAAAAUGAUACUCCUUCAACAACAACUCCUCCUGCUUUUACUACUGAGAAGGAUGACCCACCAAGACCACAUUCUAAUUCGAAUGUAAACAGCAAAUUUCCAGCCCUGCCAAAUAAUGAUUCUUUUGAGAAACAAGAUUCUGUAGAUGAAGACUUCAUCAUGCUUGGAUAUUACAAUACCAUCGAGCCAACUGGAAAACCACCUUCAAUGCAGAUUGGACAAUCAUCAACCAGCAAUCAUUUUGAUAGUUUGCCAGCCGGACAGUACAACGAGUCCCAUGACCUUCCUGGAGGUUUCCUUACACCCGGAGAACAAGAAAAGGUUGUUCCGCAUAACAACAAUCUUCAACUGUCUGAUCCUGUUCCCUUGAAUACUCCUCCAAUUACUACGACGGAUAAUAAGGUGUCAUUCCCACCCUUUCCUAUCCACCAGGCUCAGCCCCCCAUAACUCCUGUCAUGGCUGAGAAAACUGUAAAGCCAAUCAAGAUCGUAUUCACCACUGCUGCCAUUUCUGUCGCCAUUACAGUCAUCGUCAUAAUAGCUGGGACGAUCGGCUAUCGAAGAUUCCAUCCAAAAUAUGCUAAUAAGCUGAAUAAGCAAUUUGAGGAAAAUAAAAAGAAAGUUUCCGAUAGUGAGGAGGAACCGUCUUCUCUCGUGAAGAAGCCAAAGAAAUCUGCCGAUGGAUCUGUCGUUUCAGUUGGAAAGAUCAGUUUUUAUCCAUCGUCCGUGCUGGGAAAGGGAUGUGAAGGCACGUUUGUAUACAAGGGAAAGUUUGAAGAUCGUGAUGUCGCAGUUAAAAGGAUUCUUCCAGAAUGUUUUGCCUUUGCAGACCGAGAAGUGGACUUGCUCAAGGAAUCAGAUCAGCAUCCCAACGUUAUCAGAUAUUUUUGUACUGAAGCAGACGGCCAAUUUCGUUACAUUGCUCUUGAAUUGUGCGAAGCCACGCUGGCAGAUUGGAUUGAGGGUAAAUUUCAGUGUGACUAUAUGGAUCCCAUCCGAGUGCUUAGAGAAGCGACAGACGGACUUGCACAUCUUCACGCGUUACGAAUUGUCCAUCGGGACAUUAAACCUGCCAACGUUCUUAUUUCCAUGAGUGGUAGCGGUUGCCGGGCUCGAACCAUGAUUUCGGAUUUUGGCCUGUGCAAAAAGAUUACGAAUGGUAGGAUGAGUUUCUCCCGAAGGUCCGGAGGGAUUCCAGGGACGGAUGGAUGGAUAGCGCCUGAAGUUCUCAAAAAUUUGGAAAAGCGUUCCCCAGUUCAGUCGCAUAGAAUGUCAUAUUCUGUGGAUGUUUUCUCCCUGGGAUGUGUUUACUAUUUUGUUCUGACAAACGGAGAGCAUCCGUUUGGAGAACCGUUUCGAAGACAAUCUAAUAUAGUCAAUGGAGAGUAUAGUAUUGCCAAAGUGCAAUCAAACCCACAGGGAGUUUACGAUUUAAUCAAUUUGAUGAUCUCAUCCGAUUCAAAUAUGCGACCUCCCCUGUCUGAUGUGCUAAGUCAUCCUAUGUUUUGGUCGAAGGACAAGAUCCUCACAUUUUUCCUCGAUGUCAGUGACAGAAUUGAAAAAGAGGACGAAACCAAGUGUGUACUACUGAGAAGGUUAGAAAGUGAUGGGACUAGAAUUGUGAGGGAGGAUUGGAGGGACCACAUAUGCCCUGAAGUUGCAAUGGACUUGCGACGAUAUCGAACGUACAAAGGCCAAAGUGUCCGUGACCUACUUCGUGCAUUAAGAAAUAAGAAGAAUCAUUACAGAGAACUGACUCCUGAAGCUCAAGCAUCCCUUGGUCACAUUCCCGACCAAUUUACAAAUUAUUGGAUCGACCGAUUCCCUGAACUCCUGCCUUAUACAUGGCUAAAAUUUGAAGCAGUCCGAAAUGAAACCAUAUUCUCAAAAUACUACCCGAAAACAUUUAGUUUUAAUUCGUUCAUUAAUGGAGACGAUGAACCCAUACUAGAUGAGUUGGACGAAUGUGAUAGUGACGGCAAUAGGUUGCAAGUAGGCAGCAGCAGCAGAGGGGUUAGCCCCGAUAAGUCUCCAAAACUUGAUAAGAACUUUUGGAGAGCAAAAUCUCAGUUCAAGUACAACAAGUGGCGACGCCAACAGCAGAAUACAAACGUUCGAGAAAAUCCACACAAUUUCACCAGUUUCGGAACUACGAGAUACACGCAGCCGAAUAAUGAUUUAAUGUCUCCAUCCCCAGACUCUGACCUUUCUUGGAGGAAACCAAUUCCUUAAUAAUUCCUAUGAUAAUAUGACUAUGAGAAGGUAACGGACUAAAUCCUAAUCGUUAUAUGUGUACAUAAAUAGGCCAUAUUUUAUUACCACUACAGUACUGUUAUAAAAACUACUCGGACUCUUAUACAUAAGUAACUUUAAGCGGAUAAUCGCAGUUUUAAUUUAGUGAUACAGAAGUAGAUAUUAUUACUCUUUGUGUGGGAGCUGUUAUUUUAUUAUGACUGAAGAAAUAUCUUUUCAGUUGAACUUUGAAAGAAUGAAUAUAUGUAUUUCAUAUUAUAUUUACUUUUAGUUUUGGUUUGGUCAUCCUAUUUGGGUUAGUGACGAAAUGUGGAGAGGACGGAAUAUCACCUCUGAAAUAUGGCUGAAAAAUAUGUGGAUGACAGAAAUAUGGAUAAAAAUAUAAUGUGGAUGAACAAAAUGUGGAAAAUUUAAUUUUUUAGAUAAAUUAAAAAUAUGGCUUUGACUGGUACAACAAUUUUACAUGGAGCUAUCAUUGGAUUUCUGAGAACUAUCGACUUCAACUCGGACCCAAAAUUUCCGAUUUCCGUCCUGAAAUUCGGUGUAAAUGGUAGUCUAUAAGUAUAAUUUGUAUAAAAAGUUACUUACAUUCUCCACAGCAGAUCCUAAAUAGGUAUUAAUCUUUAUGCGUAAUUUUUAUACAGAAGACGAGACUUAUUUUUCGGUGUAACACAGAAACUGAGACAUUUUGGGACAUUUUUUGACAAUGUAUUUUGCAUCUCAAAUUGUAGUGAGAAGUGUUCUUUAACACACAUGACACAGUCCAAUAUAAUACCAGGGUACCAGGUCAAAAUUUUUUACCGACCACACCCCCUGUUGGAGGACUAGCCUUAGUAGCCCAUAAGGGGUGUGGUCCUGGCAUUUUUAUAUUUUGUACUGUGCAGGGACAAAUUAAAUUAGGAUUAGAAGGGCAAGAAUAGCACAUAAUCCCCAUAACCAGUUUCCAUAUUGAAGGCAUCCACGUUUUGCCCUUUCCAUAUUUAUGGUCAUCCACGUUUUUCCACCCACAUUUCGUCCCAUCCACAUUCAUUUUAUACACAUUUUGUCCGGAUCCCAUCCUAUUUAGUCAGAGUUCAGCAGGUAAUCCUGCCUGAGUCUGUAUAGAUAAUGCAAUUUAUUCCAUUUCCUUCUCAUUUUAAUGCUGCUGUCGAAAUAUAGUUACCCCCCAUCGUGUGAUACUACAUAUAUGUACUUGUUUACUAAAUAUGUCGAUGUACAUCGGAAAACUCGCACUAUUAGUACUAAAAAUUUAAAUUACUACUGUGAUACGAAAUACAUAUAUAGUUAUGUUAUGUAUAUGGAUGGUUAGGUUUAUUAUGUUUUUGCCUUUUAAUGAGCCAUUAAAUGGAAAUGAAGAAAUUUUUAACCAAAGUCAAAAGUGAAAAAGAAAACUCGACUGAUUUGAAGAAGUUAUACAUAUAUUCCGUACACUUGGUACACAAAUUCAAUUACUACAUGUACAAAUUUAAGGCGGAUCGUAAAAAGGUAGGCAAAUUUUAUCUCAUUUAACUUAUUUGAGUUUGUUAAGAAUAUAAAAAGAAUUAACAAAGAUAUCAUGAAAUUGAUAUUCCUGUAUUGUUUUGUGAUUCAAAAAAGGUAGUACUUUCAAGCAUGUUGUACACUGCACUAGAUUAUAUUUAAUUAGACUUGAAUUGUUUCGUUAAUCGUUAAUUAUGUGAAAAAUGUUCACAUUGUACAAGUAGUAGACAAAUCAUAAAUUGGCAUAAAUGUGGAUUAGAUACAUAAUGAA